GAGAAGACGGCCGAGGGCCUCGAGGAGAUCUACGCGUCUAUCGCCGCCGCGCAGCCGGCGCAGGAGGAGAACUACGCCUACUGGAUCCAGAGCGCCGUCGACGCGCCGGCGCUCGAGGCGGCCGCGGCGCGCUGCGGCCUGACGCUCGACGUGGCGCGCGGCGUCGUGUCGUACGCGCCGGGCUUCGCCGCGCCGGCGCUCGACUUCGAGCUCUGGUACUGCCGCCACGGCAAGACGACGGGCAACACGGAGCCGCGCGUCUACCAGGGCUACGUCGACGAGCCGUCGAACGCGUUGAACGAGAUCGGGCUGCAGCAGGCCGAGGACGCGGCGCAAAAACUCGAGGCGCUCGGCCUCGAGCCGGACCUCGUCGUCCUGUCGCCGCUCGCGCGCGCGGCGGACACCGGCAAGGCGUUCCUCAAGCGGCGGUCCGACAUCGCCGUGGCCACCUGGGAGUCGACGGCGGAGAUGAAGUUCGGCGACUGGGACAACGUCAUGGUCAAGGAUUUGCCCAAGGACUCCAUCUGCCACCUCUUCUACCUCGCCCAGAACGCCGUCGUCAAGGCCGGCGGGCCCUACGUCGAGCCGGCCACGGGGCGGUCCAUACCCGGCGAGAACUUCGUCGAGGUCCUCGAGCGCAUGCGCGGCGUCCUCGACGACCUCAAGGCCGAGGUCGCCGCGCUGCCGCCGGCCAAGGGCGGCGGCAAGCGCGUCGUGCUGCUCUACGGCCACUCCAUGUGCGGCGCGGCGCUGGGCAUCCUCACGGGCAACGGCAAGGUCGUCGACGGCGAGUCGUUCCUCGGCUUCGACGGCAAGUACAUCAUGCCCAACGCGACGCCCGUGCGGCUACUC